UUGACCCGUCGGGCUCGUUCCACACGGGUGGGCGGGCGGAAAGGAGUGGAUGAUGGCGCCUGCUGCUGUUGCUUCCGCUGUUCAGCCGCCGGAGAUCCAGUUCGCUCAGCGGUUAGCCGCGAACGAGAAGCGAAUUCGAGACCGGGCGUUGAAAAAGCUGCGAGGCUACAUAAUUCUGAGGGCCCAGAAUCCGGCAGGUGGCUUUAACCAAGAAGAAUUUCUAAAAAUAUGGAAAGGGCUAUUUUACUGUAUGUGGAUGCAGGAUAAGCCUCUGCUGCAGGAGGAGUUAUCAAACAAUAUAUCACAGCUUAUCAAUGUAAUAGAGAAUAUGGAUGCACGGCAUUUGUUCAUUCAGACUUUCUGGCAAACUAUGAACCGCGAAUGGAAUGGAAUAGACAGACUACGCCUUGAUAAAUUUUACAUGUUGAUUCGCAUGGUAUUGAGGCAGUCCUUUGAAGUGUUGAAGAGAAAUGGAUGGAAUGAAAGUCUUACUGAACCGUUACUAAGCCUGCUAAUGAGAGAGGCUAUCCACUCAGAGAGCCAUGCUCCUAUUGGGAUAAAACUGCAUUUCAUUGACAUCUACUUGGAAGAACUGGCUAAAGUUGGGGCUAAGGAGCUCACAGCAGACCAGAAUCUCAAGUUUAUCGAACCCUUCUGCAAAACUGCUGCCAAGACUAAGGAUCAUCAUCUGCUGCAAGCUAUAAUUCAUGGUGUUUUUGAAACCAUUGUGGAUCAGUGCCCAUUUGCUAUUGAAGAUUUAAUGAGGGAACUGAAAGCUAGUAGUGAUGAUGAUCUAUCAGAAGAUGAUGACUGGGAUGACGAAGAGAAUAAGCUAGCGGCGAAAAACAGAAGCUUGCAAAACAAAAUUUCACUAGAUGGUGAAGCAGAAGAAAACAUUUUAGAUGCAGCAGAUGAUAACAUUGGACCUGUCCUUCAGUUUGAUUACAAAAGCAUUGCUGACAUGCUGUUUGGAUUAGCCAGCAGAAAAAACACACCGGCUUUUAACAGAAAACAUCUCUACAAACUGGUUAAAAAGUUCCAGGACCUUGCUGAAGGGACUUUUCCACAAGAUGACUUUCCUGAAGAUGUUUCUACGGAUGAAGAUGAUGAUACCUUCAGCAGGAAGAAGUGGAAGAGAAAAUCCGGCAAACCCUUAGAUGAAACCAAGCUGAAAAAAGAUAAUGCUAGAAACAGAAAAACUGAUAUGGAAGAAAAUGGUGGUAACACAGAGUUGCGAAAGAAGAAGAAGAGAAAGAGGAAGUUGAGUCAAGUUACUGACCCGCUCACUGCUACUGGAAGUCAACAGAAUGAGCCAGUUGUAUUAGACAAAUCCACAGAGCUAACCCAGGAUGAUGAAUCAGCAGAUAUUAACAAAAGGCAAAAGAAGUCUUUAGAUACAGAUGCUGUUUCUGUAGCUCAUCCUGUUGGAGGGCUUAAUGGCAGUGCAUCAAAGGAGACUUUGACAUGUUUGGUAACCAGUGUAAAGAAAAAACCAAAGAAGAAAAGUGGCAGCUUGUGGAAAGACACCCUAGAAACUGUCCAUCAAAACAGACAAGUCCCUACUAGUACAGGAGGAAUUCUUGAUCACUCUGCACUUGUAGAUAAUGUUAAUAAAGUGAUCAAGAAGAGACGGAAAAAGGUUGGGAUCAUCACUGGAAAUGGAUUUCCUGAAGAGGCUGUUAAGCAACCAGAAAAACAAAGCUGUGCAUCUGUGUUCCAGAAAGUUAAAUUGAGAAAAAAACAAAAAUUGAGUAUCUUGGAAAAGAUGAGAGGUUCUAAAAAGAAACUAGUCAGUUUGAAGAAGAAAAAGAAAAUCAAGGAAACCCUAAAUAUUGUGAAUGAAAAUGAACUUGAAGCUGGAAACAAGAAGAGCAAAGCCAGUGAAUCUAGUGGCAGCCUCAUUAUGCUACAGAAGAUGGCCAAGGCUGGGAAUGAUUUUGUCACUUUUGAAAAGACAACUCCACCAAAGCCAGUAUUCUUUAGAAAAGCAAAAGGAAGCAUUGCCUCCAUACAGUUUACCAGGCUACAAUCUUCCAGUUCCAAAAAGGUCACCUUUGGGCUGAAUAGAAACAUGACAGCUGAAUUUAAGAAGACGGACAAAAGUAUCUUGGUCAGCCCGCAAGGAGCUUCCCGUGUGGCUUUCAAUCCUGAGCAAAAACCACCCCAUGGAGUUCUGAAGUCAGCUUCUGGAUCUCCUGAAACGGCUGAAAUAAAGAAAUCUUCUUUAGUGUCAUUUAAGAAAAGACCAACUGCAGUGGACUUCUUCUAAGCAAAUAAGGAGAGGACUCGUUUGUACAGAAUAUUUCAACAACCAGUAUUUUUGUUUCAUUUUGUUUUAAAAUUAACAGGAUGCCAUACAUUAGGUCAGUGUAAUUUCUGAUGCUGGUACUUUACUGAGCUUCUCUGUUUGAAACAACUUUGUAUAUGUUGUUGUCAAAAGAAAAAUAAUUUGAGUUUCUAACUAGAGUUUUAUUGUGUGCGUUCUGAAAAAUCCUGUCACGUGGUGAAAAAAAUUGUAAAAUUUUGUUCAAAACUAUUGCUUGGGUGCUUUUGUUAAACCCAAUUAAAUUGGGGGGGUUAUUUUUGUAGCCCACUCUAGACACAACUCCCUUCUUUUCAUGCUUUCUGCCACCUACCUUCUGCUUUCUUACCAAAGCUUUUAGAUUAAACUUUGAACAUCUGCUCAGAUGAUGUCUGUAGAAAAGCCACUGUAAGGGAUUUCAUCCCUUUUGGAGUGUGAAGGUAGCUUGUCUCUUAGUCUGCCUUCAGAUUAUUUUCAGAAACUGUGUAGACUCUGGGUCAUGGUAAUAAGGACAGACAAAUGUGCAUCUCAGUUUGCUCAAAGGAGUUUCAGGAUGGAUAGUUCCUCCAAGCAAUUGCUUCACUGUGUAUUUUUGAGGAAGUUGCUAACUAAUGAAUGUCCUUGUGAACUGCACUAUAUGAAUGGUUUUGUCCACAUGCUAGUGGUCUGAGAGUGUUUUUGAAGCUUGUUUUUCCAACUCCCUUACAGUUCUAAAUAGUACACACCAGUCAAAAUUCAAAGACUGGAAUUCCAUGGAUUUCUUGUUGUUAUAAUGUUUUACAUCUUGUUUUAUCGCACAAUAUAAUGGCUUGGACCCAAGUUCCAUCUCCAUUGUUUUUGCCACUCCUGCUCUUCUCAUAGGCUAGAGUCAGCCCCUUGUGCUGUUCCCUUGGGUUCAUUGACCCAUAAGGACGGCACUGCAGGGAGCACAGUGGUCUGCAGCAGGAGUACGGAGAUAAGAAAUCUCUUUUAAUUGAUGAAAUAAAGAUUAGCAGAAACCCAAUUUUGGAUCCAACCCCAGGGAAAGAGGAUGCCUUAACAAAAAUGUUAGCGUUUACUCUUUAAGCUGACACUACAUACACCAGAAAUCCAAUAUGAUACUUUGGAAAACUAAUAGGAUUUUAGGGAACUAGGACUAGCAAAUAUUAGUAAUCUUUAUGUGCACAAGUCUUUUAUGGAGUCUAUAGAAUAAUGCAUUUUUUAAAAAGCAGUUUGGCAUUAUAAUGCUCCACCAGUUUCUAAGGCUAGAACCAUAAUACAGAGUAUAUAAAGAUGUUUGGGGAUGAGAGUUCCCUUUAUCCUUCUACCAGGAUAUGUCUCAGGUUUGUGCUCCUCCUUACAGGCAUCAAAAGAUUCUGCUGGGCAUCUUGCAGGACAAGAGUGGCGACAUUCUUUUUUCCUGAAUGUUAAACUAGUAUGAGUUCAAGAUUGGAAAGAGUAAAUCUCCUGAUGGUUACUUUUCUGGAAGGACGUUAUUGUAAAAUUGUAUGUGUAGUAUAUGUUACCCUGUUCUUUUGUGUUUGUCCACUAGUUUGCCAAGAGUUUAAUUCAAAUCAGAAUAUUAAUUUAACUUCAUAUCUUCAUACCUUAAGAGAAUGGAAAUGAAUGUAGCACACCAGAACAAUUCUACUGCACAAGUUUUUACAAUAUUCCAUCAAAAUCCGUGAUCUCUGCAGUCAAAUCAGGUUAUCUAUGUAUUCUAAAACUGUAUAGAAUAAAAAGGAGUUAAAGUGAAAGCAGCGUGUGGCCAUGCCUACGAUUUUCCCUCCCUGAAGUAGUUGCCUCAGCAGAGGGGCAAUCGCACAGUCGUGUGACAGCCACCCCCUCCCCCAGUGCUGAAAGGCAGUGCCGGACACAGUGCCAGCGCCCCUGCUACUGGCACCCCCAUACAGGGGGGUGGCCAUGGAGAAGUCGACUUUAAUCAUCUUCCUCCUGGCCAUUAGUGGCAUUAUGCUGGCAGCCUGGUCCUUAGACUUACGCAACCCUUUUGUGAGGCAUAAGUCUUAUUGAGACCCACAGAGGCUUCUUGGUGGGGGGAAAGCAUUUUCACUUUUUGAUCCUCCCUACCCAACUGGGAAGCCUCUUUGGGCCAGCAGCCAAGCACAGUCACAGCACCAUGGCUGGGCACCUAGCUCUUGGAAGGGACUGCCUAAACUAUAUUUUUUUAACAUGUAGAAUAUAAUGCAGGUUGUUUAUAUAUCUUUUAUAUGGAUUUUAUGAACAUUGCAGAAGUUUAAACAAACCUUGGAUCCCAUGUAUGGGAGACUUUGAAGUACGAUGCUGUUAAAUUCCAAGAUAAUAUAUUUGUUUCUAAUAAACUGCAUUCCAAAUAAUGGAAUAGCAAGAUAUUAUUUUGUGGUGACCAGCCCGUUGUAGUCUAUAACAAAGCUCUUGCUGCCCUCAACAGAUUGGGUGAAGACCCACAAUAAGUCCAUUUAGCAGUUUCCAUUGAAACAUAUAAUUUGACUUUAUGUAGUUAAUGGAAUGAAUAAUUUCCUCAACUAUCUUGAGUGGGUUUUCCCCUUUCAUUAAAGCAUUACAUUUUUGAAUAAUACAAUCUUUUCCUGCAGUUGGGGUUUACAAUUGGAGGUCAUGCAUUGUUUCUCUUUGGAAUUGCCACCUUAAUUAAAACAUACACAGCUUUGGAUGCUUACAGUGUAGCUGACUUUAUAGGGAUUCCUGUUUUUACAUCACAUUUGAGAAAUGAAGAAUAGGCUGGAGCUGUGCUUCCUGAGAUCUGUGACCUCCAUUUUGUUCUGUGGGGCAAAGAUAUUCUAAGUGGCAACCUAUUAGAAGAAACUGAGGAACCUAUUAGAUGUCGUGGGGGUGGACACAAGAAGAAAAUAGAUCAUUUCAAUGAGGAAGUUUUGUUAACAUACCUUCACAAGAAAUGUAAAAGAUUUGUAAUAUUCAAAGUUGCUGCUUGUAUCCAUGAUUGUAAUGUAAUGGGUGAUUAGAUGACAGCUUAAGAAGAAGAGUUUGAUUGCUGUACUAAUUCAGAAGUAACUAUACCAAAACACUAAUUAAAUAGUUCCAUAAAGCUUUGAUUGUCAAAUACAACAGCAUGAUUCACAUGUUACAGUGAAUGUGCGUAUAAUCCAUAUACGAUGUAUACUCAAUUUUUAAUAUGUACAUGCAAUAAUUUUCAUGGUAUAGUCCAUGCAUGUAGAGUUCAAGAUGUGAAACCCUACCUUCAUCCAGGUACCUGUCGCCAGUUUUAUUGUUAAAGCAAAUACACAUGUGCCCUUUGUUACAAACAGAUGUAUCUUACACAUGCAGAAUGCUCAUACGUUCACUGUAACAUAUAAACAGAAGAUCGUUUUGCUCUGUCACUCAGAAGCUGGAGCCAUUAAAAAAAGCACUAUUUGAAUA